GCCAUGUUUGUAGAAGCGUGCAAUUAUGGAGAACCUCCAGUCAAGCAUGAGUGACAUUCAUGUGUAUGAGGCCAAGUUAAGGUAUGACCCUCUAGAGCAUGGAGACGACGGGGUGAUGUACCUGUCCAUGGAGAAGGACGACAUCCUCGAGGUGCCCAAUCAGAACUUGCAGGGUCACGACCCCGAUGACCUCUUCAGCUGGCUCAAAGGCUUCAACGUGACCCGUAACUUGAACGGCCUGUUCCCAGGGACCUACGUGCGCUACCUGGGGGUCAAGGACGCUGACGGGGAGGUGAAGGAGCCGGAGAAGGUGCUGCCCCCUAUACCACCCAAGCCUCGCUCCAACUCCAUCGCUCCACCAUCCCACGACAGGCCCGCUGUAGCAGAUGAACUCAAAACCAGUGAAUUGGAAAGAACACCUUCAAUGGAUGAGGGAUGGAAUGAGAGCGAAGUCGAAGAGAUUACAUCACAUUUACAAGAUGGCAGAUUAGUUGAACUUAGCAAAUCCUUUCUCAUGAAGAUAAAAAACUGUUCCGACCUAACGAACUUGGGUGGUGGUUUCGCUCGCGUUCCUAUUCCUGGAUUUAAACACAAACUUGUCCUUAAGGCCAUUGGAGGUGAUGAUGAGAACUCAAAAUCUCAGACGCAACUUUUAGGUUCCGUUAAAAAUGAGAAGCUGGCAUCACGCGUGAGACAUUUUGCUAUCGUUCCCCUGCUGGCAUACCAUGAUGAUCUUUCGUUAGGUAUAUGCUACUUGAUUUCACCGUAUUUUGAAAAUGGUGAUCUGUUCAUUGCACUUCGAACCGUCAAAGGGGACAAGGUUCUAUUUGACUGGAAAACAAGGCUGAAAGUGAGCUACCAGAUAGCGUGUGGAAUAGACUACAUGCACACAAGUAAUUCGUUUCGGGGAACCAUUCUACAUCUGGACAUCAAGUCAAAGAACAUCGUGCUUGACAACAAAUUCAACGCUAGAUUGAUAGAUUUUGGCUUGUCACGCGAGUCAAUUACAGGAAGCAAUAUAACAACAGCGCCUUUAGCAGGAACGGAAUUAUACCGUCCACCAGGUGUUCACAAAACGAGCCCUUUACUGGAUUUGUAUGCUUUCGGUGUUGUUAUUCGGGAAAUGUUAACAGGCCUAGGUCCUGAGGGAACCUGUCCUUCUCAGACACCACUGGGACUGUUGGACAUGGUGAAUUUUGAAAAUUUGAUACAGAGACGAAUAUGGACGAUUGAUUAUAUCUGGAAGGAUGUGUCGAGAAUAGCUUGUCUAUGCAUAUCUAGCGUAGAUGAUGACGAAAACAGUGGCCAAAUAUCAUCAGCUCUAAUACGCACAUCAUUGAGGUCGAUUUCAAUCAAAGAAUCGAUACAAAAGUGGACGGUCCUGGAUAACAAUAACUGCGAAAUAUGUGUUGUUAAUGGACAAUUGGAAACAGAAAAUCCUUCGUUUCGCCGAGUAUCAGAAAUUAAUCAUUCUGGCUGCGCAACAAAAAUCAAAAUAUGUUGUGCCUGCAUGAGGAAUUCGUACGUAAAUCCAGUCAAGUGUCAGGAGUGCGAUAACGAGAUCAAAUCUAUCAUAGGAGAUGGAUGGGGCGCCAUUUUAAUAGCUGGAUUCGACGAAGACAACAAUCCGUUUCGAAAUGAUGUGAAGAUGUUUGCACAUGCUAUAUCAUCGAAAGUUCUCCCAUCGAUGUGUGUAAGCACUGUAAUCAUAAUUGAUUCGGCAACGCAAACAACAGAACCUGUGUCAGUCCGGAUUGAUGAUGCAUUUAAGACGAUUAUGAGACCCAAUGUUCACACGUUGGUGUUUCUCUACUCAGGACACCACGACAGAAACGGAUUUAAAGUUGGCAUGAAUGAAUAUGUCAGCUUGCAACACAUUAACAGAAAAAUACAAGAAUGUACACACAUUAAAAUAGUCAUAGCUUUCAUGGACUGUUGCCAGCCAGAAAGAAUCAGAGUUAAUGAAGAACAACGUCUCAUUCAAUUAAGCGCAACUGUAAGUACUGAUUCGGCCAUAUCUUUACGAAACGAAGGAAGUCCUUUUACGAAGUUGUUGGUACAGGCUUUCACAAUGAAAGCUUCAGGUGGCACGUGUGCUUUGCCGAAUUGUGAAUGUCGCAUAGAUGGACCCUUUAUAACAAUCGAUUCAUUAUCGCAUUACCUUGAGAUACACAGACAAAACGGACUUCUGCGUGACAUGGAACCUGAAAAAAGCUUGAUCAAAAUAACUUGGCAAAAUGAAUGCCUUGCCUACAAUUACUCAUACAAAGUGGCAUUUCGUUUCGACAUUGUACUUCCUCAACCGUUUACGUCAAAACGUCACAGAUUCGAGGUUUUGGCAACAACUGUGAACGACUUUGAUGCCCUGAUACAAAAGAUCCUAUUUCCGAGAUUUGCAGACGUAUUGGGAGAACAACUUAAUGUGCAUCAAAACUUAAUGUCACGUGCAGACAAAGAUGCCGACUGCUUGUGCAUUGUUUAUGAUACGGGUCCCAAAUGUUGUGAAGAGGUAGACAACAUAGAAAAACUUUUGCUUGCUUGGAACUCGAAGCGUUUGUUGUGCUGCAAGCUACGAUUCUCUCCGACAGGCAAUUGUCAAAAACCGUCCGGUUUUUUCUUGAAAAACGGUAAACCUGUCAAGGAUUGCAUGCAUGAAAAGAACGAAUUUGAGUUGACAGAAAUGGAGAGUUUCAUAAAAGAUUUACAAGAUAAAAUGAAUAAGUGCGACACUGACACAAAACAAGCGUUAACAGAUUUUAUUUCAAUUAUGUCUUCAUUUAUUCAUGGCUGCAAAGGAAACAAGCUGAAGCAUCAAAUAAUACAAAUUCGCUUCAUUGAUCUCUUUGAUGAAAGUACAAGCUGCGUGGUUCAUCUUAUGAUGGUCAAUCCAGCAGCUACAAAUGGAGCAAGUGAGGAAACAGCAGAUGGAGAAGAGACUGCAGGAGAAAGCGGCUCUCAUGCAGUACCAGCAGAGACAAAAACAAGUGUUGAGCCAGGAAGGGCCGAUGAUUGUGAUACAGACAGCAUCACAAGAACUGUCAAUGGAACAACAGAAACCGUCUGGUCAGUUGCUUCAGCAGCAGCAGCAGCUGUUGACACAGCAACAGCAGCAGCUGUUGACACAGCAACAACAGUAAAGUCAGCAUAAAGCUAAGCUCUUGCAGCAACAACAGCAUCAGUAGCAGUUUUUUCAUCAGCAAAUACAACAACAACUGCAGCAACAGCGAAUGGCUACAUCACAAUUGUUGACCCAGACUAUGAUGAGUAACAGCGUGAACAUGUCCAAUCUAAACAUGGUACAAGUGUCGUCAGAGGGUGUCAAUAUACCAGGAAUGCCAGUGCUGUUCAACGUGUUACAAGCCUUGCCUAUAUCUAUCGCCAUAUCCCAGCCGUCUGAGAGUCUUCCAGUGAUAUCUGGGGUCACCAGCAUGGCGGCUCAGUUUGUUGACCCCCCUGACUUGCCUGAUACGAGGCCCCAGGCCAGUGUCAUCCAGAUGCAUACAAACUCUUAUGAACAGGUUUAUGGGACUUCAAACACUGGCGUGCUGCAGUCAAUGGCCAUAAAACGAACAUAUGCUGAAGAGUUUGGUGGAAAUUAAGUUCGCGAUAGCGUAGAUGAGCCCCAUGCAGAAAAGAGCCACUUUUUUGUCUCCUAGUAAACAGUCUCCACGAGUCGAAAUUGACGUUAAUUUGCCCUCUGUGAAAGAGGAAAUGAUGCAGGAGUACGAAACAAUGGCACUGAAGUCGUAUACACUAAAGUUGAAAGAGGCUGAGAUAACUUUUUAUCCUCCGAAAAGUCCCUCUACCAAGCGUCUCCACUCACACCCAGGGACCAGGUCGAGAGUUGCAGCAUCGUCAACAAGCUCUGAGGGUUCCUUCAGUGAACCGUCAUCAUCGUCAGACGUGCUGGCCGCGGGAAGUAAGAGCUUUGGAUGCGGCGACUGUGGAAAAACCUUUGCCACAAAGCAGGGCUUGAGCAUUCAUUUUAAGAAAGACACAAAAGAGACACCAUUUGAGGGUGACGUGUGUGGGAAACAUUACUCAAAGAAAGCGUGUCUCACCAAGCAUAUUAUGACACAUUUUAAUGAAUCAACACGCGCCAAUUGAAUGAAGUAAUGAAAGUGCAUUCAGGGAAAAUGGGCUUAAUGCAUGUGCGUAAAGUGUUGUAAAGGCACAGGCUAGUAAGGGACAGCACGUUGCGUCUUUACUGGAUAUUUACAUUUAGAAGAGACAUCCUUAAAAUGAAAAAUACCUUUAAAUUGAAAAAUGUCCUUUAUUAGCCUGUGCAGACUGCAUAGCUUAUCUCGGACGACACUUCAGGCACAUGCAUUAAACGUAGUUUUCGCAGAGCAAGGCUUAUAGCUCUUUAGUUUUUUCAGUGAAGAAAAACACUUUUGUUAAGAGAUAGGCAGCAAACAGUGCUAUUCUUGUAGACAGUAAAUUUGAACACUUUAGUCCUAGACAAAUGAGCAGGAGGGGACUAGGUUUAUCCGCACUCUUUCAGUGUUUGUUUGUCAGACAAAAUUGUUGUUGCUGUGGUCAUAGAUAGUUUAGGAAAUACUUUAAAAGUAAAACCUGGAUCUUGUGAUGUAACUCGGUAUGUGGAUAGAGGGCCAUAUGGAGAUUGUGCGUACUAUAUCAGUUGUGUUUGUCUGUUCAUCCAAAAAUAAUCUGGAUCCUACAAUAACGCAAAAAGAACUUAAGCUAGGUUAGUGAAAUUGAGUACAAGUAUGUUGAUAGACUGUUAUAAUAGUUAUGGGAAAUAUUCACAUGUGUCAAACACAAAUUAUGAUAUGUUGUUUGUACAGAAAUAUGUGCAAACCAAAAUUUUUAUCUUGUAACAACUGAAAAAGGACUUAAGCUAUUCAGCAGUUAAGCUACAUUGUUGAAACCGGGUAUGUUGUUAGAAGGCCACAUGUUGGAUGUGUACCUGAUUUAAGUUUUCUUGUUAGACCGAAAUUUUGAUUGCUAUUGGUAAUGAUAUAAUUGAAAAUCUGCAUGGACAUUAAUACACGUUACAGAGGUUUUGUUGCUAACGGUACUCUGACAACAUUAACCCUUUCCGACUCAGAAGCAAAGUAAAAAUGGCUAUAUGCAAACAGCAUAAAACCAGAACAGCCUGCGAGUAACUCGCAGUCUGUUCAGAUUUUAUGCUGUUUGCCGCUCAUCAGUAUCUAAGGGUUGGAAAUGAAGCCUUUAAAACUUGACUUUGUUAAGAAAGGUCUUAAAUUAAACUUAACUUUCUAAGGGACAACAAAUGUGUAAAAAUACAUAUCUAAGUGGUAAAGGGUGAAGGCUGUAGGAGACUGCUGUAGUGUCUGUGACAAAGCUCUUGAUGUAAUAUGUAUGAACAAUAUUUAUGUAGCCAUUUAACUCUUUCAGUGCUUGAACCGAAUUUUGAAGGCCUUUGCAAACAGUUUGGAUCCAGAUGAGACACCACAGAACGAGGCGUCUCAUCAGGAUCAAACUGUUGGCUAUUCUGAUAAUAUUCUUUGAAAAAAAUGAAGAAAAUGUUAAUUUAAGCAGACGACCAAUUUCCCAGCAUGCAAAGAGUUAAAUGCUGUCACUUUAAUCUGAAGAUAGAUUGAAUUUUUUGUGUACAAUAACUGAAACGUAAUUCAAAUAUUCAAGCAAACAAAAAUAAUAAUACAAAUGUUAGUCAUGUAAAUAUUUAGUUCAAACCAUUAUGCUCAGGAAAGGAUUAGUAAAUACGCUGUUUGUGUCUAAUGUGGUUUUAAUCAAGAUUUUUUCCAGAUAGUUAUGUUUGUGUGUGUCACUUCUCCAUAAAUUGCAUGAAUGUAUAGAAAAUAGUGCUAUUGUCAACAUUUUAAAUACACAAAAGACAUGUUGAAAGAUUUUUAAAAUCAUUUCAUAAUAUAAAGAUCAACUGUUUUAUCUGAAUGCAAACUCUGCUAGCCUAUUCAUUAUCAACAUACAAACAUCAUAGCAUUAUCUUCAUAUCAUCAUACACAUUUAAGAAAUGUUCUGAGAAAACUGGGCAUAAUGCAUGUGCGUAAAGUGUCUUCCCAGAUUAGCCUGUGCAAUUCGCACAGGCUAAUCAGGGACGACACUUUCUGCUUUUAUGACAUUUUUCAUUUAAAUGAAGUCUCUUCUUAGCAAAACUCCAAUUUAGGCGGAAAGUGUCGUCCCUGAUUAGCCUGUACGGACUGCACAGGCUAAUCUAGGACGACACUUAACGCACAUGCAUUAUGUCCAGUUUUCUCAGAACGUGACUCUUUUUAUUACCACUAGUCAGCGUCCACUUUCACACUUACAGGCUUGCUUCUAAAGUCGUCUUACUUCCAAGAGCACUUGUUUGUUUCUCAUGUAAUACCACUGUCAAAAGUAUGUGAUAUGGGUUUUGUUGAUUGAUAUAUUCUGGAUGAUGAUUAGCAGGUUUAUACAGUGUGUGCUAUUUUUGUUGUUUCCACAGUAACCAAAAUAAAAUUUAUAUUCAUCUGCUAUUAUCUUUACUUUAAGCACUAUAUAAAUUAUCAUAAUACUUUUUUGAAGAAUUAACAAUUUAUAAUUUUUAGUUGAGCAUAAUGUUGAAACUUAAUGUGUAAGUUAUUUUCAACAGAUUUUAUGAAAUAUUAAACAGUUCAUAGUAGAUUUGUUUAUAAAAGUCUGCAGUUAGUUAUUUUGUAGAAGCUUGUUGUUCGUUUUGUUCUUAGAUGGUUAAAGAUUUUUACGAUUUCAAUUUUUUGUGUGAUUGUUUUACACUCCAUUUUAUGCAAGUAUUUUAGAUUUUUAUCUGUGCAUGUCUGUUUAUGCUAAUUUUUUCCACCAUAAGAACUGUUGAUGCUUCUUGGAUAAUAACUCAUGUUUCAAGUUUUUUUAACUGGUUCUUAAUGGCUUAAGUUACUUGUUGUUGCCCAGGAAGGAAUGUACAAAGAAUAAACAUAUUGUGUUUUUUACAUUUUUUCAUUUUUUCUCAGGCUUAUAUUUAUAAGCAAAACAUGGACAAGCUUUUGGCUUGUAAAUUAUUAGUAUAUUACUCAUAAAUAAUGUUAACAUAAGUGUUAAUCAUUCACCCAAGAUGUGUAAUUUUGUACAAGAAAGGGUGUGAUCUUUUCAAUUUUCACGUCUUGUAUAUAGAAAAUAAAUGGUUAAUGCAAUAUCAUUUUGUAUUUUAUCGAGUGGGACUUAUAAUAAAAUGACCAUUUUUUAUUGAUGAAGAGUCAGAUAUAUUACAAAACAGGAUAUUAACUAGUUUUUCUACCAAAAUGCCCCCAUUGUAUAGAAAAAAUAAUAAAUUAUAAUCGCUACAACAUUUUAGUAUAAAUUAAUAAGAUGUAAGAGGUUUGACAUGUUAGACAGGACAUAAUGAGCGCUUGCUAUUAAUAUUGGUCAAACAAGUAUUUUGCAACUUUGUUGAUUGGUGUCUUAAGUAUAAUACAUCUUGGUGUUGGGUUUGUUGAAUCUGAUUUGAGUUUUUUACUUUAAAUGAUGACUUCAUAUUCGGUCAUGAGUAAUAUAACAUAUCAUACCUCUAAACAUGGACCGAUAUAAAUGUGUCUUGUUCUGAGAAAACUGGGCUUAAUGCUUGUACGUAAAGUGCCGUCCCAGAUUAGCCAGUGCAGUCCGCACAGGCAAAUCAGGGACGACACUUUCUGCUUUUAUGGUAUUUUUAGUUUCAAGGAAGUCCCUCCUUACCGAAAAUCAAGUUUAGACGGAAAGUGUCGUCCCUGAUUAGCCUGUGCGGACUGGACAGGCUAAUCUGGGACGGCACUUAACGGACAUGAAUUAAGCCCAGUUUUCUCAGAACACGACACAAAUGCUUACUAAUCAGAUAUAUAUGAGCCACACUCUGAAGACAGGACUUGCGUGUGCGUAAGCUGUUGUCCAACAUUUGCCUGUGCAGUUUGCCCAGGCUAAUCAGCAACGAUAUUUUCAGCCUAGACUUGAUUUUGGCUAGGAAUCUUUGUAGUGGUGUGAUAAAUAUAGUUCUAGGAAAAGGACGUAGAAUGUUGCUUUUGCAUCUUGCCAUAUCUCAAUUAAAGACGAAACAGUUUUGUGUUCAGUAGGAGACUGUAAUGGAAAUAUGUUUUAUUUUACUAUCUCUCUGGCACAAUAGAUCUUAAUGCAUGUGCGUAAAUUGCCGUCCAGGAUUAGCCUGUGCAGUCUACAAAGACUAAUCAGGGACAACACUUUCCACUUUUACAGAAUUUUUCUUUUGAAGGCAGUCACUUAAACUAAAAUCCGAUCUUGAUGGAAAGUGUUGUUAUAUGGGACGACACUACGUAUAUGCAUUAAGUCCCCUUUUCCCAAGGUAUGUCUCAUUUGUGUGGUGUCUUAGCUGGUAUUGAUUAUUCAAAUGUAAAGACUGUCUGAAUAACUGUUGACAAUUAUGUGUGUUCUAACGACGACAUGAAUAGAUAUAUUAAUACAUGCUAUUCUGAAUAGAUAUCUGAACACAUGCUAGUCUGAAUAGAUAUCUGAAUACAUGCUAUUCUGAAUAGAUAUCUGAAUACAUGCUAUACUGAAUAGAUAUUUGAAUACAUGCUAUUCUGAAUAGAUAUCUGAAUACAUGCUAUUCUGAAUAUAUAUCUGAAUACAUGCUAUCCUGAAUAGAUAUCUGAAUACAUGUUAUUCUGAAUAGAUAUCUGAAUACAUGAUAUUCUGAAUAGAUAUCUGAAUACAUGCUAUUCUGAAUAGAUAUUUUAAUACAUGCUAUUACAUCGACUCAUCUAGUAUAAAUGCAUUGUAUUAUAGUCUACCAAAGACAGUUAAUAAUUAAUUAAUUAUUUAUAUCUCUUGUAUGACAUCAGCUUUUAUGUGUGUGUAUUUUCUUCAUGAUCUAUGUUUGUAGUAUCUUGGACUUCUUGCUCUAUGUUUGGUGCAGCAUUAGUUUAUGUAUGAAAAAAAUGUGUUGGUUGUUAAGUUCGUAAUGUUAUAGUUAAUUUGAAACAUGAUUUGUGACCUCUCCUAACAUUAUGUGGGGAUAUAAAUAUAUGUGUGGUAAUAAUGUUAAUCUUGACAAUGCAUGUCACAGCUUAAAGUAAGAGUAUAUUGUCUCUCAAAAAAUAGUCAUAUCUUGCUGUAUUGCAUUUUCAUUUGUAAUGUACCUAAGAAUCAUAGUUGGCAGCUUCCAUUUAAGAUGUGUAACCUGUAUGGUAUCAUUUAUGGUUGAUUUAGAUUGCAACCGUGAGCUCUCCUGAGCAUGGAACCAUUGCAAUCGUGAGCUCACAUGAGCAUGGAACCAUUGCAACUGUAAGCUCACCUGAGCAUGGAACCAUUCCAACCGUGAGCUCACCUGAGCAUGGAACCAUUGCAACUGUGAGCUCACCUGAGUAUGGAACCAUUGCAACUGUGAGCUCACCUGAGCAUGGAACCAUUGCAACCGUGAGCUCACCUGAGCAUGGAACCAUUGCAACUGUGAACUCACCUUUGCAUGGAAACAUUGCAACUGUGAGCUCACCUGAGCAUGGAACCAUUGCAACCGUGAGAUCACCUGAGCAUGGAACCAUUGCAACAGUGAGCUCACCUUAGCAUGGAACAAUUGCAACUGUGAGCUCACCUAAGCAUGGAACCAUUGCAACUGUGAGCUCACCUUAGCAUGGAACCAUUGCAACCCUGAGCUCACCUGAGCAUGGUGCCAUUCAACCAUGAGCUCACCUGAGCAUGGUGCCAUUGCAACCUUGAAUUCACCCGAGCAUGGUGCCAUUGCAACCCUGAGCUCACCUGAGCAUGGUGCCAUUGCAACCUUUAGCUCACCUGAGCAUGGUGCCAUUGUAAAUAAAGAGAGCAUACUUGGGUCAUUUUGACUAUCUUCUAUCAUACUCAUAUACAUUGUGUCAUCAGCCACACUCUCGCGGUCAAUCAUGCUUCCAUUUCAUCUCAAAUGUUUAUACGUUCCAUCAAACCUUGCUUGCAAUAUUGUUUUAAUAAUUUGAAAUUUAAAUCAAGACAUGUCUGCUUGAUAUACUUAAAAUUGUUAUCUUUGAGUUAAUAAACGUUGCUGGUAA